GUUUGAGAUCAAAACCAACAUUUAGUGAGACGGCCCAGUGAAAAAGCAGAUCGUCGUCUACUUGCACGUCACGGCUAUACUAAAGGUUUGUAUCGGUGACACCAAAACAACGCAUCUUUAUAAGGAUGGAAUCAGAUUAUUAAGAAAAAGUUUCCAAGACGAUCAUGGGACUCUCCCGGCACCAUCCCUGUAAUAAACACAACUUCUUUCUCACUCACGGAGAUGGCAGGGACUUCGUAACACUGCAGGGAGGACACCUCUAUCCUUACCUGGCGUGGGCGUCAUUUUGGUCACUGUAUCACCUGGCGUGGAUCAUAGUGGAGAUAUAUUGGGCUGCCACGGACAAUCAAAACGAUGCAGAAUUCUUCAUAUACCUGACCAACCUCGGCUAUGUCCUACUGGUCAGCUUCACGUGGCUGGACCUGGCUGCAGUUAUAUACUACAUCGUUAAAGUAAAGAAUGACGGUGACGUCACCAGUAUGCCCCUGCUGUGGAAAGUCAACUGGGUUCUAUAUAACAUGGCUAUGACGACAGCUAUUGUCGUGGUGCUUCUAUACUGGAUCCUACUAGCCACGUCGUUCGGACCAGGGAGCAUCAACAAACAUCUCAUUAAUGGUGUGAUAGCCCUGCUGUACAUUUCCUUCACAGCCAAGCCCUCCCGUAUCCUUCACUUUUAUCAGCCUGUAAUGUUCGCCGCUUUGUACUCUAUUUUUUCUGUGAUAUACUUUGGAGCGGGAGGGGGUAAUGUUUACAGUGUGCUGGACUGGAGUAAACCGGGUAACGCCCUCGCCCUCACUCUACCGCUGGUCCUUGUAGGCGUACCCCUCAUCCACUUGGCCGUGUGUGGCAUCUACCGUGCACGUGUAGAAAUAUGGCGGAAAUGUUGUUCCCCAGAUGGGUCCCAGACCUUUCCCCGUACAGACAGUGAGAUGGGAAUGGGCAGUACGGUUAAGAACGCCGACAAAAUAUCGACCAUAUGUAACGAGACAAAGAGAACUGACACUGUAUAGGUGACAGUGUGAUUGUUGUAUAGGGCUAGUGCAAACCUCGAAAUCCAACUAUCUGUAACUACGUAAACAAAGAAUCUGUGAUGUUCUUGAUCACCUUGUUGCCAUAUAGAUGUUUUGUGUUGUCUAGAUGUGGAAAUGCUUGCCAUAGAUGUACCCUCGUUCAUUGAAACUGUUGUCGGGCUCUCGUCACUGGAGUAUGAUCAUUAAAGCCCGCCGGAUUGAGGAACCAUAUAUAUGCAUGAUAUGCUGGGUCAAAGACAUAUGAUCAGGAACGUUUAUCUAAACUUAACGAGAAUGGUAAUCAUUUAAAGGAAUACCAGAAAAUCGGCAUGGUUUUUACUUUACAUUUAGAUAGCUUAAUGUGCGUGAAGUUUAAUUAAUUUUAUUUGUAUAGACUAUAAGUCUUUCCAACCGCAUAUCUGUGAUAUAAUGGAAAUCCAUUUGUAUUUAUCAAACAAACAAAUUUUAUAUUAAUUAUAGUGUUUUAGUGUUCAGUAUCUUAUUUAUCUAAGUAUGCUACCUCAUUAUCGAGUACAUGAAUUCUAGAUUGUUAAUAUAUAUUCAUGGUAUAAUGAAGAGCUUUGUAGAUUAAGAUAUUAUUAUACAUAAUUUCGAAUCCUUUAUUUUCAUACUACAUAUGAUGGGUUCUAGGACCCAAAGAAAGAGAAACAUAACUUUAUGUUAUAGAACUAUCUGUGUAAAUUACUUGAUUAUCCUCAAAGUUUUACGUUGUUAUCCUCAAUGUGUUGUCGUGUUAUAUAUGUAAUGACCAGUACUAAGGAAAUUGGACUUGGUCAUCUAUGUAUUUAUGCAUGAUGUUUAUACUACAUGUAUUUCUUCAUAAUUUCUUCAAAUCGUAAUUUUUUAUUAAA